UCGCACAAUACUGGAUCUUCAAUGAGUUACUUUCUAUUUUUCACUCGGCAACCGGCUGCAGAUUUCACUCGGCCAACUUCGGUUACUCCUCUACACCAAACCAUGUUUCCAAACAGAGUUAUCUUUCCGUGACCCGCAAAUUAUAUUUUUAACAAUGAGUUGAAUUCUAUAGGAGGUGUUGGAACUCCCGCAAACAGUGCCGGUGGUGCAAAGAAGAAAUGGGAAACAUUACCAGGCUGCCAGACACGCCCCAUUGAUAACAAAGGUCUGCCUGCUGCCGCUGUACACAAAACACCCAACCCAGAACCAAUCGAUGCCACAAAAUUGCCGCUAGCAGAAAAAAUUCGACGACUUUCAAUGUUUUUACGAAGUGAAAAAAAAGUAAUCAAUGAAAUUAUGUUGUUUGAGAAUUCUCUGAUGAGUUGUAAAGUUGGAAUUUGACCAGAUUUUUUGAUCGAUGGCAUGGUACAAGGAAAGAACGGAUCCUUUUUCACUGGCCGACUUAAUCUGGGUGGUGUGUUCCUAGCCAGAGCUAUCGGCAUCAACAAGAAAGAAAUCAAACUGUCAUGUUUCAAGAAGGCGGUGGAACUUUAUCGUACCCUUCCUGUCACUGAAAUUUUGAACCAGGAUGAUAUGACCCCAAAAGUUAUCAAGGAGAAACUGGAGAAUUUUAACUCGACCGUUGCUAAGAUGGAGAAAGAAACAAUUGCAGAGUUACCCCCACCAUCUAUUUUGAAACAGAUCCAAGAUAUUCUAACCAAUCCUAAAUAUGCUUCAACCAAUUCAGUCAGCAAAAUGGAGUUGGCGGCCUCUGUGGCUAAAUGUCGAGUCUGUUGUCGAUAUGAUGUAGAGAGUUGUAAAGCUGAAUCAGGGAAAGUUUAUCAUAAGGGAAUGUACUUUAUUGACAACAUACUACAAGGUGCAGGUGUUUCAGUUUCCAAAAAAACUGCUAAGUCAUUGUGUUAUAAUAUGGUGGUUGAACGACUGACCACCAUGAAUGUUGAACAUGGCAACAUCUUAGAUGGUGUCGAACAGUCUGUCAUAACAGAAGCAGAAGCACAGGUUCAGAGCACUUUGGUAAAGGCAGCACCAAAUCCUAGGGCAUUUGAUCUCCGUGAACAGUUUGUCAAAAUGAACGAACUUAGCAGUGCCACGCAUCCUGCAUCCAUCAUUACUGUCUUGGAUGGAAUUUUCAACGAUGUAAAAUUGACGCCCAUUUGUCUAUACCGUCGUAGCAUGAACACAGAAAUAGAAAAGGAGAAAAUUUUCUGUAACCUCUAUCUAGCUGGUCAUCUCAUCAUGAUUGGUGAAGCAGAGAACCGAACAGAUGCCCAAGCAGACGCUUACUCUAAAGCCCGAUAGGUCACGAACUGUGACCCCGAGUUCAUCCUCCCCCAACACAGUAAACUUCAACCACACGACCAAGCAGCAACAGAUGUUAUCGACUUUCGUGUCAAGGGCAACUGCAUUUUGGAAGAUAACUGUUCGAAUCUUCAUCGCUUACAAUGGACCCGAAAACCUAUAUCAACACUACCAGCCAAGGAUAUCGUUGUCUUUGAGGAUGUCAGUUGGAUAGUAGAUCGUAAAGUUCAAGGUUUCUAUAUUUUACAACAUUUAUGUUUUGUCAACAAUAUGUUGUUGGAAUGGGAGUUUUUUGACAAUGAUGAUCGUGUAUUCAGAUGUCAGAUGAAGAUACAGAAGGAAGAUGUUGGAACCGAACCUGCAGUGUCUCUUAGUAAGAUAGGCUCUAGAAAUUUUGCAGCAGCUGAUAUCUUGUUUAAGCUCUACGAAACACAACCAGUCAUAGAGGUUUCUGCUUACACUAAACCUGAUCAAGCGAUAGAAUCUGUCAGUUUUGAUACGUUGCUUAAAGAAGCGGAGGUGUUGAAGAAAGCUGCCGAGGAUGCAGGAGAAAACGUUACAGCUACUACAGCUGAGGGAACUGAUUCAGAAACUGAGACCAGUGACACAGAUGUUGAAAUGAAGGAAGAAGUAACAGAUUCACAGGCUAAGAAGAAAUAUCCUAGAAAACCACAUUACCGUCAUGCUGAUAGAUUUAUUUUAAAAGCUGCCCAGGCACGACUAGACGAAUUCAUUAAAGUUAAAAUGCUAAAAGAUCUACUGUUUGGACCUGCUUUCCCUCAUCAUAUCACACGCCAGAUUAACGGCUUACUGUAUAACCUCCCCGUUCCAGUUCGCUUUAUAAAUCAUUCCACUAGAAAUCAGAUGUACACCAUUGUAACGCAAAGUAUGUCACCGAUCAAAAUUGUCGCAUUUCUCAAAGCCAACGGUGGACAGUCUGGUCGCUUUCGUUUAGUCGACAAAUCAGAACUUCCGACACAUAAGGACAUUUUACCAGAACUUAAAAGUAGGGAAAUUUUAACUAAGAUCAAAUCCAAAUUUUAGUAGAAAUUUCAAUUUUGAUUGGCUAAGCACUAAAACCAAUCAAAUUGUUGGCUUUUUUUGCUAAUAAA